ACUUCAUCAACGUCUCUCCAUCUCUUUCUUUCUCUAUAUAUCACACACAUUGGUACAUACCUUCACUGCUCAUUUCGAUCUUUCUUUGUGUUCUUAUUAUUAGGGUUUAUCCAAUUUUCAUAAAGCCUUAUUAUUUUUUUCCCGGUGAAUUAAACCCUGAUUAGUUGACCUGAACUAAUUACUGUCACGAACUCUACAACUCCUGAAAACGAGAAAAUCACUCUCUCUCUCUCUCUUUCUAGAUCUUUUAAGCCCCGUUUUCACCAUCCAUUGUUUUCUAUUCAAUCAACGGCUUCGAGAUUCACGCCAAAGCCCUCCAAAUUACCUAAAACCCUAAAUGAUUCGGGGGUUUGAAUAUGAGCGAUGGAUGUAAAGUGGGGAGUAAGAGAGAGAACGAGAAUGGAAUUGGCGCAUCUGAGCGAGCCACUGCUGUCCAGUUUGGCCGAGCAGUAGCAAAGAUUGCGGUGGCACAGAUAUGCGAGAGCGUCGGGUUCGAGAGCUUCCAUGAGUCAGCUCUUGAAGCUCUCUCAGACAUUGCCCUCCAAUACCUUCGUGACUUGGGAAAGACAGCAAAUUUUUACGCUAAUUUAGCUGGUAGGACUGACUGUAGUGUGUUUGAUGUUUUACAAGGGUUGGAGGAUAUAAAUUCAUUGAAGCCAUCCUUGGUUGCGUCAGAGGCUAGUCAUUGUCUCGCUGGUUCUGGCACAGUGAGGGAGAUUGUUGAGUAUAUGGAGUCAGCUGAGGAGAUUCCAAUAGCUCAGCCCGUGCCCCAUUUUCCAGUGAUUAGAGAUCGGAGGAUGACACCAAGUUUUAUGCAGAUGGGUGAAAUGCCGGCGUUCAAGCAUAUACCAGCUUGGUUACCAGCAUUUCCUGAUCCCCACGCCUAUGUACAUACACCCAUGUGGAAUGAGAGGAUGACGGAUCCUCGUGCAGAUAAAGUUGAGUUAGCAAGGCAGCAAAGGAAGGCAGAGAGGUCUUUGCUGAGUUUGCAGCAGCGGUUGGUUUGGAAUGGUUUGGCAGUACCUUCCACUCUAGCCGAUGUGGGAAAUGAUGGAAAGGCAUUACAAGUUGCUGAAACUAAAAUCCCAUUUCUUACGGAAAACCAUUUUUCUGUAGUAGAGGCAUUUGCUCCUGCUAUUGAAGCAGUGAAGGGAUUUCAUGAUGCUGGAGACAGUGAUAAAAGGGUUCUACCAGACAAGAUACCCUCUGUUCAUUUGAAGUUCAAAACUGGCAAGAAAAUUAUUGGUGCAUCCCUGGAUUUGAGCCUUCAGUACAAGGGUUCUGGCAGAACAGCAUGUUGGAUUGGUCGUGAUGAUGAAAGGGAUGACAAGAAAAGGCGAGCUGAGUUUAUUCUUAGACAAUCCAUGGAAAACCCGCAGGAGCUCACUCAGUUGUAAAUUAUUUAAUUUAAUGGAUUUCUAAAUGACAGGAAUGGUACAUUAUUCAGUAAAUUAGCGGCUGAUUAUGGUCAAUCAAAAGUCAAUGGCAUACUGUUCUUGUGCAAUUUUGUCACGGGAAUCCAGCUGUGAGUCAUCAUAACCCCAACUUAAACAAUUUUCAAAGGUAAAUUUGGGAAGCUCCUAAAUUGAAGGAAUCUCCACCCAGUUAAAAGGGGUGUUUACAAUAGUCCCAUCCAGCUAAAAGGGCUUUUGGAGCUUGAUCUUGAAUUGGGUUGUUGACAAUCUUCUUCAAGUAUUUGUAGUUGAAGAAGAUCGCCGACGAUUUCUGAUCGAGGGGACGAAGCUUGAUCUCGAACAGUGUUGUAUGGUGAUUCGUCAAACUUGUUGAAUCACGGAGAAAGAACGACACGAUUUUGAUGUGCUUGUUGUUCUUUGUUGAAUUUGAGGAAGAACGACACGGCUUUGGAUGUACGGCUUUGGUUGUGUUUUUUGUUGAUCACCGUGGAAUUUUGAUGAAGAACGGCAUGAUUUGAUGGGCUUGUUGCUUUUCGUCUUCAGAUAUCAUCACUUGAUCGAAUGAAUCCACGAGAGAAAUCGUCAGAGAUUAUGGUUACCUCUUGACAUCCACCUAUACUGACCAGGACUCGGGUGGAAAACUCCUUUUGGGAGCUCUCUUAAAGUCACGCAAUGGUUGCGCUCUAAGGAACCCAGCACGGAGCUUGGUAAGAAAUUGGAGGCAGUUGCAGUGAAGUGAUCCCAUCAAACCAAAGCUCCUUACCAUUGUGGAGAGUCUGACACUAGUCAAUGAGGCUUUUUCUUUUCCAGUUGCAGUUUUGAUUGUACUCCAUCCAAUUUUUUUAGGGAAAAGGAAGGUUGUCUGAUACUGUUCAUGAAGAAUGAUAGCCUGGAGAAGCCUAUAGAGAUGUUGGAUGACAAGAAGCCUAGAGUGAUGGGAGGUUGGAAGUGAUGGUGCAUUCAUUUUGAAAAAGGCAUUGUUCCAUGCAAAGUUGCAUAAAUCUUAACGUAGAUGGAGAAACACUCCAGCCCAAAAAAGCAGUGAUAGGCUCGCCAAAUUCAGUGAGCCUUGGACACAUUUGGGUUCCGCUACAUUGCAUCUAAAUGGAUGUUGUCAUUCGGAAUGAAUUCAUUUCCUGCCAAAAAAUUCUCAUUCGGGGUUACCUGAUCUUUCUCUGAUUACUGUCUUUUAUAGAAAUGUUUCCCUGGUUGAAUUUGUUUUCACCACACAGCAUAAAAGUCAUUAAUAGCAAGACUCUGAUCGUCUUUUUGAAGGUUUUUACCAUUACGCUUACAACACACAUACAAUACCUGUGAAACAAGUUUGGACUUGUCCCACUUUCAAUCAACGGUUUCUCCAAUAAGUUUUUCCCA